AACAUAACCGUUUAACACGUGCAUUUGAUAGGAUUAAAAGAUGCAGUAAUUCUAAUACAAUAUUCUACAUUCUACAAAUUUUUUGUUGACAAAUUGGUGAUAGCAUUUAAAAUACUUUAUAAUUACAUUGGAUAGAGUAUUUGAGAGACAAAUCUAAUUAGUUAUAAAUAUGUCUAAUCAUCCAAAAGUUAUACUUGUAACUGGUGGGAGUGGAUUAGUUGGUACAGCAAUUAAAAAAAUUAUUGAGGAAGAUAAAAGACCGGAUGAAAAAUGGAUAUUCGUUGGUUCAAAGGAUGCAAAUUUAUGUGAUAAAGUUAGUACUAUAGAAUUAUUUGAUAAGCAUAAACCUACACAUGUCAUACAUUUAGCUGCUAUGGUUGGUGGUCUUUUCCAUAACAUGGCUCACAAUUUAGAUUUUUUGAGAAAUAACAUUCAUAUGAAUGAUAACAUUCUACAAACUGCUCAUGAGACUGGUGUUAAUAAAGUUGUUUCGUGUCUUUCAACUUGCAUAUUUCCAGAUAAGACUACAUACCCUAUUGAUGAAACUAUGAUUCAUAAUGGUCCACCACAUCCAUCAAAUUAUGGUUAUAGUUAUGCAAAAAGAUUAAUAGAUAUUGCAAACAAAGGAUACAAUGAACAGUAUGGUAGGUUAUAUACAAGUGUUGUACCAUGUAAUGUAUUUGGACCAAAUGACAAUUUUCAUCCUAGUGCUAGUCAUGUUAUACCAGGUCUUAUAAGAAGAUUAUAUGAUCUAAUAGAAGAUGGAAAUACAGAAGAUAAAGUUUUCACAGUAUUAGGCUCUGGCAAGCCUUUGAGACAAUUUAUUUAUAGUUUGGAUUUGGCAAAAUUAAUAAUUUGGGUUCUCAGAGAAUAUAAUUCUGUAGAGCCAAUUAUUUUAUCAGUUGAUGAAUCCCAAGAGAUAACGAUAUCUGAAGUUGUUAAUGCAAUAGUAAAAGCUUUUAACUAUAAAGGUUCAAUUCGUAACGAUGUUAGUGCUGCAGAUGGUCAAUAUAAGAAGACAGCAAGUAACGCAAAAUUACGAAGUUAUUUGCCAGAUUUUCAAUUCACUCCAUUUGAUCAAGCAAUUAAAGAGACGGUCGAUUGGUAUAUAAAAAACCAUGAUCAAGCUAGGAAUUAAAUAAACAAACAAAUAAGGCUUGAUAACAUAAGAUAUAUGAAUGAUGCUGUACAAAUUAUAAAUAAAUAAUGUACAUAAUUAUACAUAAUUUGAACACUUUAAGGUAAUAGAUUCCAAAUCUGCAGAUGAUUAGCUACGUAAAAUAUGUUAGGAUAUAACAAAUAAAUGAAAAAAAAAAAAAAAAUAAAAAAUAUUUUUUUAUAUAGUUUAGAAUAACAUAAUUUAAAGUGAUGUAUCUUAAAAUAUUUUAAAGUAUUAUAACGCAAUAAACGAUUGAGAAAUUCAUGUA